GUGCAGGCUGAAGCAUGCUUCACACUCUGUAGAGUUGUUCAGCUAAAGUAAGAAUCAGUAUAAAGAGUUGGAAGUUUAAUUUUAAAGCAUUUUAUAUCAUGGUAGAACCUGGAAAUCAGACACAAGCAUCGGGGUCUCCUAUUGCACCAACUUCUCCGAGCGGUCCAAAUACGUUGGAGGAUGAAUGGUUGAAAACACAAGCAAACUUGAUCGUCCUCAGUACAGUGCUGGUAAUCUCACUACUGCUAAACUUGUUUUGGUGUUUGUCAAAGGUCUGCUCAGGAAAAGGAAGAUAUCAGUGCAGGAAAAAACAAAGUCGGAGUUCAAGACAGAUGGAGGACAAUCCAAUUUAUGGAAAUUUAAGCUACAUGGAUGCAAGUGUAGGUGUGUACACAGACGCUGCUACUCUUCACCCAUCAUUGAGCUCUUCAUCUUUAAGGAAUCCUCAGAGGGUCAAUCCUGACUCACAGUCCAAAAAUCAGGAAUGCUAUGCUAACCUAACCCUGAAGGCUCCCAGGCCACAGUCUGGGCGCAUCUCUCCAAAGAUCCAGCUUGCCGUUAUGGGACAUUCAGAGGAGUCAGAGGAGCCAGAAGAAGCAGAGACAGAAGAUCCUGUUAACACAGACGAUGCUGUCUCCACCAUGUCUGAUCUGUAUGCCUCUGUGCAAACUCAGCGAGCAAAAUUGGUGGACGCUGAGGACGGUGAAGACUAUGCAAACCAUCUCUAAGGCAAACAGAUCUGUUGAUACUCAGACGAUGAUGGAGGAUCUCAAAGGCUUGACCUGCCACCACGGGAGGGCACUAUUUGUCAUUGAAUUGAACUGAGAGCUUGUGUGUAGCUACAUCUCUCUAAGUGUUAUUCAGCUUCAGUCAAUCUCAGGACACAUGGGCAGACAGGUCAUUACAAUUCAAUCCAGUACAAUUUAAUUAUAAUGCAUUUCAAGGAGAUUUAUGAUAAAAAGUCAGAAUUAUAAAAAAUUUAGCUAUCUAAUAAAACCAGCAGGUUGAACUGAAACAAAGAGAAAUAUUAUAUGGAUCUAUUAUUUCAGUACAUGUAUAAUUGUAUUAAUUUCAUUAAGAGUAGAAUAACCUUUGAGUGAAACUAAUCACUUCUUAAUGAUCAUUACUUUAAUAACAGUUUCUAUGAGAAUAACACCUGUAAAUACAAAUUCUUUGUGUACUUUUGGUAAAUUGUUGGUUCAAUAAAAUGAUAUAUU